GAAGAAAAACACAGCCUUGACUGAUCUAAUCGCCAUCUUUGACUGACGGUCAAUGCGAUUCUUUGUUUUUCAUGUCUAUUUAUUGUAGUAAUUGAUAUAACUAAAGGCGAUAAAGACACAGUGAGCGCACCAGCAUGAGUUUGAAAGUGAAAGAUGGGGAGAAUCUACUGGAUGACAUACUGGAUGAUUACCAUGAAGGUGACGACUUUUCAGCCGAAAUGAGUGAGGAUGCAGUAGAUUUGGCUGCAAGGAAUGCUCAGUCUCGCCCAUCAAAAAGACCAAUGUCUUCUUCAGUAAGCGAUGACCACUCAAGGCCAAAGACAGCAAGAAUGCAGUGUGAUCAGAGUAAUGUUGACUCUCUAGAUCAAGAAGAGUCCGAAGAGGAAGAAGACGAUGAUGAUGAUGAAGAAGAAGAAGACGAGGAUGAAGAGGAAGAAGAUGAAGAAGAGGGGGAUGAGGAGGAAGAAGAAGAAGAGGAGGAGGAGGAAGAAGAAGAAGAGGAGGAAGGGGAUGAGGAGGAAGAGUACGAUGCUGAAGAUCAAGAAGAAAAAGCAGACUUAAGCCUGAAUGCUGAUGACAAUGACCAUUCAGAUGACGAUGAAAAGCCAAAAAAGAAGUCUCAGAGAGGAAUUUCCCCGAUCGAGUGGGACAGAAAGAGUGAAGGAGCAAGAGGGAAGCCUAGCAGAGACAGUGAGCCUGAAGAAGGAAAUGAAAACACAUCGAGGGAGCACAGAGGACGUGCAGACAGUCGAGAGGGUGACAGAAGUUAUUGGUCAAAAUUGAAGUACCUCAUGCGAGGAGCCCGCUUCUUUUUGGUCAAGAGUAAUAAUCAUGAGAAUGUGGCAUUGGCAAAGGCGAAAGGAAUUUGGUCAACCCCUCCGCAAAAUGAAGCCAGAUUCAAUCAAGCUUUCAAGGAGUGUGAAAAUGUGAUCUUGAUAUUUUCUGUGAAAGAAAGUGGAAAAUUUCAAGGUUUUGCUCGUCUGGCUGAAGAAUCUACCAAAGAUCAUCCUCCGGUGCGCUGGGUUUUACCCCCCGGAAUGACCUCUCGUGCUCUCAGUGGAGUUUUUAAGCUAGACUGGGUCAGCAGGAAAGACUUGGAAUUCAUCAAGACAAAUCAUCUGUUUAAUUUGUGGAAUGAUAACAAGCGAGUGAAAAUCGGGCGAGAUGGUCAGGAAAUUGAGCCACGAUGCGGGGAAAACCUGUGCAAGCUGUUUCCUUCCGAUCACAAUCUGGACAUGGCGGACGUGGUCAAGAAAGCACGAAAAGCUCACGUGCGCUCAGAGCACGGACUCAAGGAAAGAGCACCCCGUCUCAUGGGCCCAAGGAGAAUGGCAAUAGGCCCAGGGCCAGAUUUUCCCAGACGUCGCCCAAAUAGAGAUGAAUAUUUUGAUGAUCCAAGCCAAAGACCAAAACGCAGUCGAGGCAACUUUGAAAGAGAAUCUUUCUACAAAGAGAGAAGGAUGGAAAGGCCUCCAAGAUAUGCUGGUGUGAGAAGAGAAACAUUUCUAAACGGGUCCUACUCUGACUACAUGCGGGAAUUCAAUCAAAGGCCUCCUCCACCUCACCCCAUGGCACAGUUUGGACCUCCUCCCGGUUUCUUUGAGCAAGCAGGCUAUGCUGCUCAGUUUGAGAGGCCUUCCCGGGGCGGUUACUCCAUGGCUCCUUCCGAUUACGGUGUGCACUCAGCCCCGCGAAAUGCAGAAGUCAGCAGCAAAAGAUCGUAUGAGCGGGAUGUGGACGACUUUUUGCGGCGCACCACCCACGGGCUCGCUUCCAGCAAGCGAAGCCGGGAUGACCGCAGCAGCCACAGGGACCAUGAGAGGGGACGUGAGCGAGACCGGGACAGAGAUCGUGAACGUGAGCACAGAGGUGAACGUGACCACCGCAGCGAACGAGAGUACGACCGACGAGACCACGACAGAGAAAAGGAUCGUGACAGGGAGAGGGGCAGCAGACAUCAAAGAGAGCGCCGCUGACCCCAGCUUUCUGGGCACUCAUCUUUUUGUUGUUUUUAUCGGGGAUUUUUUUUUUUUUUAAUGUUUUUUUUUUACUGCAUGUUUUAUUUCUCAUUGUGGUCGUCUGGCUCAGUUUUGACUUUAAAUGUCGUUAUCUGUUAAAGCAUCAGUUUUUAAAGUAUGAUUACCUUGUUUGUCCUGGUCAUAGCCAGGUUGUUUGGAUUCCCAAAUGAGCUGCACCAUUCUUAACGUCGUGGACACUACAUUGUUUAUGACAUGUAUGUGAGGCAGCACACCAAGUGAGGUACUUCUCACAAGGGAUGGGCAGGUACCGGUACCCUGUACCAGAACUCCCGGUUUUACCGGAGGAUGUGUCAGUACCGGUACCAGGCCUCCAGUACCGGCUCUGGGAAGGGGCUGACACCAGUGGGUUUUUUUUACUGGGCCACGGGAAGUGUGCAGUGUGUAGGCCUAGGCCUAGCAGCUGUGAUGUCAGAUG